AUGGUGGCCAUGAUGCUGUGGGUGGCCCUCAGCCUGUGUGGCUGGCUCUCCCUCUACGCCUGGUCCUGCCAUCACUACCGAGAGCGCCCCUGUGAAUGGAGCUGCCGACUGGUCACGUUGACUCAUGGCGUCUUUGCCACCUGCCUCUCCGGCUACAUUGGGUUUAUUGACGGCCCCUGGCCAAUGACUUACCCAGGGUACCCAAACACGGUACUUCAAGUCUACGCGUUGUGCAUCAGUUUGGGUUACUUCCUGUUUGACCUGGGAUGGUGCGUCUACUUUAAGGCUGAAGGACCUUUGAUGUUGGUCCACCAUUCUGUCAGCAUCCUGGGCAUCAGCGCCUCCCUGGCCUUGGGCGAGUCUGCCGCCGAGGUCAACGCCGUCAUCUUCGGCAGCGAACUCACCAACCCCUUCCUGCAGGCCCGCUGGUUUCUGCGGGAGAAGGGGCUGUACCCCAGCUUGAUAGGAGACGUGGUGGACUUCCUCUUCGUGGUGCUCUUCGCAGGCGUGAGGAUCGGGGUUGGGGCUUGGCUGAUGUACAGCGUGUUGCUGUCACCCAGGCCCAGGGUCUUCAUCAAAGUGGGAGGUUUCAUCAUGUACGCUGUGUCGUGCGUUUUCAUGGUCAGCAUUUUUAGGUUUGCCCGGCGUAAAACUGUGAAGAAAUAUCAAGCCUGGAGGGCUUGGUGGAACAAAGAGGUGGACUUGAACGCCAAUGGGUAUCUCAAGAGUCACUGACCCAAUUGUGGGUUGUUCUCCAAGAUUUAGCAUCGAUAAUUAGUCUGGGAUGUACCUCCAAGAUCUUGUUCGAAUCGCCAACAGAGUGAAGGAGGGGGCCAAGGCGGCGUUGUAGAUAGAUCAUGGGACUACGUCUGGAGAAACCCAGGGUCCACCUCCCUGCUCAACCAUGAAACUCGGUUGAAUGAGGGUGGACUUGCUGCAACCCUACAUCCCAGAACUGUUGGAGGACGAAAUGAAACAACUGUCACUGCUAAUGUCCUAAGCAAUGGGUGGGAAGGUGGAAGAUAUGUAUGAUCUAGGGAGAUGCGUCAGAUGUCGCAAGCCGGAAUAGAGUUGAUUCCUGUUUCAACCCAGUGCAAAUGCUUGUGCUUAGUGGGAAUGUGUUGCACACCCUCCUAUUAUGUGUGUGUGUGUGUGGAGGAGGGGGACCUUUUCUAACAAUCUUUCUAUUUUUCAGAAUUAAGGCGCGAUCCCAAGUAAGCCAGGAGUAAUUCUAAAGAAUCUCCUGGUUGGGUUGGUUUUCCUGGUUUGGAUUUUUUCCCCCUCUUGUUAUCUGAACUAAGGGGACUAGAUGAAAAAUGAGUAAGAUAUAGAAGAGCACAGUCUGUACUGUUAAAUAAUGUAGAAUGGGUUCUUCCUAGGUUCUUCUUUGGAGGAUGGUUAAGUUAUAGGCCAUCAAUCCUUAGCUUCCCUGGCAUUAAAUAGAUAGAGGACUGUCUGUCUGUCUGUCUUUGUCUGUCUGUCUACCUCUAUCUUUCCAUCCAUCCCUCAAUUUUCCUCAAUCCAUCCACCUUUUCAUCCAUCUAGGCUUUCUACCUUCUUUCCAUCUUUCCAACUAUCUAUUCAUCUAUCCUUCCUAUCUU